GUUUAUUCACUUCUACAGGAAUUAAAUGCUUCCUUGCCCAGUUUAAUUUCCAACAAACAUGGAAAAAAAGUCUUGCUGUACUUGCUAAGUCCUAGAGACCCUGCACAUUUUGUUCCAGAAAUCAUCACACUUCUGCAACAGGGUGAUGGAAAUGCCUAUAGUAAGAAGAAUACUGAACUCCGCCGCCGUGAACUCCUGGAAGCCAUUUCCCCACCUUUGCUAGAGUAUUUGCAAGAACAUACCCAAGAAGUAGUAAUGGACAAAGCCACCUUUGUCUUGGUUGCUGACAUCUUAAGAACAGCUACUGGUGACAUUCGGCCCACACUAAAUGCAAUUGCUAAUUUAGCAGCAGAAGAGCUGGUUCCAGGUGGCCGUGAUGGGCAGCUUCAUAUUGCAGAGCAUCCAGCAGGUCAUUUAGUGCUGAAAUGGUUAAUAGAGCAAGAUGAAAAAAUGAGAGAGAGUGGAAAAGAAGGCUGCUUUGGAAGAACACUGGUGGAAUGUGUUGGUAUUGAGAAUUUGAAGACCUGGGCAGAAGUAAAUCGAGGUGCCAUUGUUCUUUGUUGCCUUCUCCGAAGCACUGAUCAAAAAGUGACAAAUGCAGUCAAAAAAGGACUGAAAAAAAUUGUUCCAAAGUUGAAGCUGAAUAAAAAUGUAAAAGGAAUAGAAGCAUUGCUGGAGAAAUUGACUUCUUAGUGUACACAAAGCUAAAAAGAUCGGUUAUAAGUAUGCAAUUAACUGCCAUUUGGUAAGAUUUUUGGUCCAUGUCUGUAUUCUAAGCAUUUUUUAAUUAAAUCAUUUUGGAAACAGUU